UAGGAAUCCCAGUCUAUAACAGGUUUUCAGUGAUGCUAGUUCAAUCAUUGUUAUCGAAGUGUACGUUCACACGCCCGUAAAAUUGCCGUGUGCAUUAAUUGAAUUCGAAAAUUAAAAACCGAUCGUGUAAAAAAAAAUUAAGGUAAUCGUCGUUGGAUGUAACCUUCAAAUAAACAUAGCAACUAUAGCUGUAUGGUGAAUAAUAUUUUCAUGCAAUUGGAAUGUUUAGAUUUGCAGCAUGGUCAAAUAAAAGAAGGAUAUCGCUGUCAUAAUGAUCAAUAAUAGCAGCACCGAAAACAUCAUUAAAGAUGAAAUUUACAAUGGAGAUCACACAGUUGCCGUUAAGGACCAUUAUAGUCAAGAGGAACAAUAUAAUAAAGUUAGAAAUAGGCAUAUAAGAAAAGUCAUAAUAAGAAUUGUCAUAUUCCUUAUAGUUACCGGCUAUUCACUAUGGGCAACCUAUUAUUUUGUUAAAAACACAGAUCCUUUAGAUUUGGAUGCAUUUUCGAACAGCACAGCGCAAGGUUAUGGACUGCUUGUAAUUUUAUAUAUUUUUUAUCUAUACACAAGUUUAUAUUAUUAUGUAUUGAAGCCGUUCCUACUGCCCACAGUAAAUAGAUUUUUGUGGAUACCUGGAGUACGAAUUCUAAGCAAAAUAAAAUAUGGACCAAUAUUUUGCUAUUUAUUAUUGAUAUUAGCUACAAUUGGUUAUUUGGUAUUUGAUACGCAGGAUAAUAGAAGUCGCUUAAUACCCCUCAUUGGUUUAGCCACCUUUCUGCUGCUAGGAUUUAUUAUAUCAGCUAACCAUCGAAAGGUACCAUGGGCAACAGUAUUUUGGGGAAUGGCUCUGCAGUUCGCUUUUGGUUUUCUAACCAUAAGAUGGGACACGGGAAGGAAAGUGUUAGAAACAUUUUCAGAUCAUGUCAAUACAUUUAUGGACUACGGUGUAGCGGGAGCGGCAUUUACUUAUGGAGAUUUCUUGGUUAAUGAAGCGCAAGUGUUUGCAUUUAGAGCUCUUUCCGUAAUAUUUUUUGUUGGAUUUGUCGUAAAUUUACUGUAUUAUUAUGGUCUAAUGCAAAGAUUUGUUAAUAUGCUGGGACAGUUCCUACAGUACAUAAUGGGCACUACAAUUUGUGAAAGCGUAAAUAGUGUUGCAGUUGCAUUUGUCGGCAUGUCGGAAGGACCCAUGAUGUUAAGACCAUAUUUAAAAUUUUUGACUGAUUCUGAAAUUCAUUCUAUGUUAUUGGCCGGUUUUGCAUCAGUAUCAGGAUCAACAUUUGCUGCUUACAUUAGCUAUGGUGCCAGAGCUCAAGAUUUAGUUACAGCCAGUAUAAUGUCCGCUCCUUCUGCACUCUGCUUUAGCAAGAUUCUUUACCCUGAAACAGAAGAGGUUAAGAUAAAGAAAAAGGACAUUCACAUGGUUGAAGUGAAAUAUAACUCAGCUAUGGAUGCAGCAAGUAAGGGAGCUACAGACGGGUUUCACUUAAUUGCCGCUAUUAUAUCUGGUGUUACCGCUACUUUGUCUUUUGUAUAUUUUAUAAAUGGAGUACUCAAAUGGCUUGGGAUCCUUGUUGGUUUUACAGAUGAAUCGGAAAUAUGGUCAUUAGAAUUGAUAGCUGGUAAGAUUUUCAUACCAGUAGCGUGGAUUAUGGGUGUGAAUUGGGACCAAUGUGAGAAGGUGGGUCAGCUUAUAGGGAUUAAAACAAUGGUAAAUGAAUUUGUUGCAUUCUCUAGAAUGCAGAACAUGACUCUCGAGCCAAGAAAUAAAGUCAUAGCAACAUAUGCCAUUUGCGGAUUCUCAAAUCCCGGUUCUAUAGGAAUCAUGAUAUCGACUAUGGCUGCACUGGUCCCAGAAAAGAAGGAAAACGUUACAAGACUGAUAUUCAGAGCAUGGGUAGGAGGCUCUCUGGUCUGCUUUAUGACGGCCUGUAUAGCUGGACUCCUAAUGACGGAUGAGGGUUUAUCCGGUUUUGACAGUACAUCUAUUUCCUUGACAUAUUUAAACGAUACAAUUCCUUCAUUUUAGCAUUAAUUAAUUUAUUAAUGUGAUGUUUUGUAAUAGUAUUAGUUAUUUUAUCACUUUACAUUAUUGUAAUGAUUGACAAUUCUUCAAUAAUGCAAUUAUUGAAGAAACUAAUUGAAGGGGUGCAAUAAACAGGCAGCUCCACUUUUUUUGAAAAUGAGAUUUUUCAUGAAUUGCCCUUUAAAAAAAUUGGCUGACCGUUUCCUGCAACAAUCAGUUCUUUCAAUGUAUCCGUACAUAAAUGGCGACGUUAGUUGGAGCUGCCUUGCUCUGGGUUUGCAGCAAGAACCGAGCCAGUUCUUAUUCGAUUUUCCACAAAUUUAUUAAAAUGGAGCCGCCUGGUUAUUACAGCAACCCCUUCAAUUGAUGCGAGUCUUUUUAACUUAAUUUAACAAUUUUGCUACUUAAGAUAUUCAAAUGUAUUUAUGGAUUAAAAUCUGUCAAAAGAGUCAAGGAAGAUCUACGAUACCCAAGCCAAUGACAUAAUAUUCAGUUUAUCAUCAGCCAGUGUUUGGUAUUGUCUCGUUUGACUGAGUUUCGAAGAAAAACAUUUUAUAAUAGUUUUUGAUUUGAUAAUUUAUUUGUGCUGUAUUGUGUUUAUUUCAUAAAUUUUCUUUUCGACAUUUGGUUAUUUGUGUAACUAGUAGUGUAAAAAGGACAUAUUUGUUGCACGACGCGAGAGUUUGGUUUGGAGCUGCAAUCAUGCUGAGUGCAACAAAUAUGCUUUUUGCAUAUGUUGCACACAACAUUUUUUCUACGAUCGAAUUGAAAUUCUUAUUUAUAUAUCUAUUAAAAUGUUUUUUACAGUAAUUCACAGAAUAAUAUUACCACCAACAGUGACACUAUAAACCCAUAUUAUUUUUAUUUUUUUAAUAACUCUUUUUGAGUUGAUUAUUUUAAUUUUAGUGUCGCAGUUUGAACAAUUCAAUAAGGGAAUUGAUGGAUAAACCUUAUUUCCAGUAUUUUUUUGUAUUUUAUUUUUAUUUCUGCUCGUGGAGGUCUUGGGUUCUUGUUCUUCACUUAAAACUCUUUUCCGGAAUGUUGCUGCAAAGUACUGGUACUUGGUUUACCUUCAAGAA